UGACCUACCGCAACCGCCGCCAGCGCCACCACCACGUCCACCGACCACCACCACGUCCGCCAACGACCACGACUACUACGGGGUUGCACCAAAAGCUUUUCCGCCCAGCUGCGCAGAGGAAGCGAGCGGGGGAGAAAAACGCGGGAACAAACAUAACAAGAUUUAAGAAGUAGGGCGUGAUAAUACCUUAACGACUCCCCGGACGUGCGGCGCGCUGCGGUGCGUGCGUCCACCGUGCCGAUCGUACUUCAGCGGCCCCGGCUCCUCCUCCGGCGCCCCCUGGCGCGCCCCGGGAGCCCCCCCGGCCUAACUUAGCGCUGCGGCCGGAGACAGAGGAGAGCGAAAAAGGAUUUAAGAAAAAAAAAGAGCAAUAAAGAAGAAGGAAAAAAAAAGAAAAACGACCGGAGCUAGGAUUUCCAGCAUUUUCCACUCGGCGCCCGCGUGUCGGCCGUCAGCGACCUGGAGGCGGCGUGCUCGCGGCCCGACUUCAUUGCGCGUCAGUGGCUCGGCAACGUGUUUUUCUAGUUUCUUUUUCUUUCUAUUUUUUUCCUUCCCGGUGAUUUGUCGCGGAUGUGGAUGUGCGACGCGGCGCCUCAUCGCUUCUCAUGAACCUGCGGCCUCAUGGCGUGGCGCGGCGCCGGGUAACGCCAUGGACGCCAUGAGGAGGGUGCUGGUGCUGGCAGUGCUGGGCCUCGCCGUCUUGCACAAUGGCGCCCGGGGCACGCGCAAAUUCCGCACCGACUUCCUGCAGGACCUGCCCACCCCGGGCACGGGACCGUUCUUCGACACAUCAGUGCCCACGAACCUAACAGGAAUCGUGGGCAAGACGGCAUACCUCAACUGUAGAGUCAAGAACCUGGGCAACAGAACGGUGUCGUGGGUGCGGCAUCGGGACAUCCACCUGCUCACGGUGGGUCGCUACACCUACACGUCGGACCAGCGCUUCGAGGCCAUGCACUCGCCGCACACCGAGGACUGGUCGCUGCGGAUCCGCUACCCGCAGCUCAAGGAUUCGGGGCUGUACGAGUGCCAGAUCUCGACCACGCCGCCCAUGGGCCACCCACUGUACCUGACCAUAGUCGAGCCCGAGACGGAGAUACUGGGCGGGCCGGAACUCUUCAUCAACAAGGGCAGCACGAUCAACCUGACUUGCGUGGUGAAGCACUCGCCGGACCCGCCGCCUACCAUGGCGUGGAGCCACAACUCGGAGGAGAUCAACUUCGACUCUCCACGCGGCGGCAUCAGCCUCGUCACGGAGAAGGGGCCCGAGACCUCGAGCCGGCUGCUGAUCCAGCGGGCGAGCGCCACCGACUCCGGGGAGUACACCUGCGACCCCACCGGGGCGGCCGCAGCCACCGUCCGGGUCCACAUCCUCAACGGCGAGCACCCAGCUGCCAUGCACCACGGCCACGCCGCGCCCAGCUCGAGGCCCGGCCUGCUCCUCUGUCUCGCGCUGCUUUGGGUGCGAUAGUGUCGUCUCAUCGUGUGGGCGAAAUGAUUGAAUAUGGGGGAAAUGCGCUGCUUCAUCAAGCAGAGUUAUGUGGUGAGGACCUCUAAGAACAAUGACUGGCAUAAUUAUAUUGUGCGACUUCUGUGAUGUGUACAUGUUUAUGUGCGAUGCGCGUGCAUGUAGUUCGUAUGUGUGAAUGUACUUUACCUAACAUGCUUGGAUGCUAUUGUUUGUAUAUAUUCUACAAAAAAACUGUACAUUAGUUGCUGAUACUUUUGUGAAAAUUGAGAUGGUUCUGUCCUCGCAUGAUUUCGUGAAUGUGAUGAAAAAUAUCAAUUCGUAAUAAGUCUGUCAUAUUGAAGAAGUUAUUUUGCUGCUGUAACUCCCAUGCUGUCAUAUUGGCAUAAAUCAUUCAGUUUUCACUAUUUUCUGAGUAGGUGUGAUGUGCGAGACAUUCCCCAAAAUAUCAAAUUAUCAUUUAGUUUCAACCAUUUCUUGGUGAUUUUGCCUUGUAAAACAUGAAAGUCCCUAAUUUCGUAUGUCGGUUGGUAAAUUAUGAUUUGUACACAAUAGGAAGAAAUAAAAACUAUUCGUUUUAUAAAUAAAGCCACA